AUGUCAACCGAAUUCGACGAGAAAAUGAAGGCCCAAACCACGGAGCCAUAUGAGGAGGAUCAGCUUCAAGGUGAACAGGUCAACGCGUCCGGUCAUCGCCAGGAAGUCGAUCGGAACUUCAACUUGCUCAGUCUUUGCGCUAUCGCCGUCACGACUGGAAAUACUUGGAUCGCUCAGGGUGGUAGUGUGGUGACCGCAUUGAGUAACGGUGGAUUGGCUGGAUGUAUCUAUGAAUUUAUCGCUGUCUCGAUCUGUUAUUGGAUGGUCGCCGCCUCCUUGGCCGAGUUGGCAUCAGGUAUGCCCUCGGCCAGUGGUGUUUACCAUUGGGCUUCUGUCACUGCCGGCAAGUAUGGUCGUGUCUGUGGUUUCUUCGCAGGUUGGUGGAAUUGUCUGGCGUGGAUCCUGGGUGCCGCCUCCAUGUCUUUGAUCAUGGCCCAGCAACUUGUUUCGAUGUAUGCUUUGAUGAAUCCCUCUUUCGAGAUCCAGACUUGGAACACCUUCGUGACUUUCAUCAUCGUGACUUGGGUGGCCUGCUGUAUUGUUCUCUUCAUGAACCGUUUCUUGCCUUAUAUCGGUAAUCUUGGCAUGUUGUUCAUUCUUGCCGGCGUCUUUGUCACCAUCAUCGUCUGUGCUGUCAUGCCCUCUGUCAACGGCGACUCCUACAAAUCGAAUGAGGCCGUCUGGGAACAAUGGACCAACGGAACCAACUACUCGCAACAGGGCUUCGUUUUCGUCAUGGGUAUGCUGAACGGUGCAUACAGUGUCGGUACCCCCGACUGCUCCUCCCACUUGGCUGAGGAGAUCCCCAAGCCAAGCCGUAACAUCCCCAAGGCUAUCCUGGCCCAGAUGGGCGUCGGUUUCAUCACCGGUCUCCUUUACAUGAUCGCCAUCUUCUACUCCAUCCAGGAUCUCGACAAAGUCGCCAACAGCAGCUACAAAUUCCCCCUCGCCGAGAUCUACUACCAAGCCACUGGAUCCCGUGGCGGUGGCCUCGGUCUCUUGAUUGUCGCCUUCAUCCCGACCUUCAUCACCGCAACCGGUUGCUACAUCACCGCCGGUCGCACGCUAUGGACCCUCUCCCGUGACCGUGCCACCCCCUGCCACAACUGGGUCGGUCAGAUCAACAGCAAGUUCCACAACCCUUUCAACGCUACUCUCGUCUGUGGUUGCGUCGUCACUGUCCUCGCCUGCAUUUACCUUGGAUCGACUACCGCCUUUAGCGCUUUUGUCGGUUGCUUCGUGCAACUGUCCAGUCUUUCUUACUUCAUGGCUAUCUUCCCUCACAUCCUUACUCGUCGCAGCUCUUUCGUGCCAGGAUUCUUCUUCAUGAACCACACUAUCGGCUUCAUCAUCAACGUUCUCUCCUGCAUCUACAUUCUCGCUUUCGUCGUCAUCUUCUGCUUCCCUUACGCUCUUCCCGUCGAUGCUGCCUCGAUGAACUACGCCAGUCUGUUGACUGGUGGUCUGAGCAUUUUCGUCGGAAUCUGGUGGUUUGUUCGCCAGGGCGCUUACGAGGGACCCAAAAAUAUCCCCUUGACUGACAAGGAUGUUAUGGAAGAUGCCCAGUAG